AUGUCGGAAUACCAACCAACAUCUAUUGUGCUUGCAAAAGUCAAAGGUUAUCCAGCAUGGCCAGCAAUGGUAUUAGAUGAAAGUUUAUUACCUGAACAUAUUUCCAAUAAAAAACCAAAAUCGAAAACCAAUCCUCCAACAUCAAUUUCAUCUCCCACUCCACAAUCUCCAUCGAAAAAGAAACCUUCAAUAAUUGUUCCAGUAAGAUUUUUCAGUGACGAUACUUAUAUAUGGAUAAACACUAAUGAUUUGAAACCAUUAACUAAACAAAUGAUUCAAGAUUAUUUUUCAACAUCAAGUAAAAAAAGAAAAAUAGAUAAUUUAUUACAAACAGCAUAUGAAUUGGCUAAUGAUCCACCAGAAAUGGGAUUAUUUAUUGAAUAUGGAUCUAAAGGAGCACCACCAACACCACCACCAAUGGAAGAGGAGGAUGAAACUAAGCCUAAAUCUCCCGUAAAGAAGAAGGUGAAAAAAGCAGUAAAGCCAAAACAAAAGCAACCACUGGCAUCACAACAACAACAAAAACAAAAGCUACCUGUAAUCAAACCUAAAACAGAACCCAAAGCAAAAUCAAAAGAAGUAAAAGAACCAGUGAUUGAAAUUGAUCCAGAUUGGGGAUUAGAAGAAUUCAAUCAAUAUGAUAAACAAUUGGGAAAUUUUAUAUUUGAUUCUGAACAAGAACAAAUUAAAAAAUUUGAUAAAUUACAAUCUUCACUUAAUUUAACCAAUGAAAAAACAAUUGAUCAAUUUAAAUUGAUUGAAAAUAAUUUAGUUAAAUAUUUAUUAGACUUUGAUUCUUCCACUUCUUCUUCUUCAGAUUCUUCUUCAUUAUCAACCAAUGAAAUUAUAAAAUCAUUAAAUGAUUUAACUAAUAUUAUUCAUAAAUUACCGAAAAAUAUCCUUGCCAAAAGUAAAUUAUUAAGAGUAUUGAUAUUAUCAAUUAGGAAACCAAAUGAUGAAUUGAAAAAUAUUAAACCAACAAUGCAAAAAAUAUUACAUGGAUUAUCGAUUGACGUUAGAGAAAAUACUGAAGAAGAAAUCAAAAAGAGUAAUAAUGUCGAUUCAAGUAAUAAUAACAAUACAGAAAGUACUGUUUCCCAAACACCAGAAAUUGAACAACAAGUUGAAAAUAGUGUGGUGAAAAAUGGUGGUGGUCAUGACGAUCCAAUUGUAAUAGAUUAG